AUGGAUAAAUUCCGCAUGAUUUUCCAGUUUCUACAGUCCAACCAGGAAUCCUUCAUGAAUGGAAUGUGUGGGAUUCUGGCACUGGCCAGUGCCCAGAUCUAUUCAGCUUUUGAUUUUAACUGUCCAUGUUUGCCCAGGUAUAACCUCUUUUAUGGGCUGGGGGUCAUGUCGGUGCCUCCUGUGGUUUUAUUCCUCUUGGGCUUUGUGUUAAAUAACAAUGUGUCGGUGCUGGCGGAGGAGUGGAGGAGGCCGGAGGGUCUCCGGGGGAAGGACUGGGGGGUUCUGCGCUACAUGUUCUGCUCCAUGUCCCAGAGAGCCCUCAUCGCCCCGGUCACCUGGGUCAGCGUCACCCUGCUGGACGGAAAAUGCUUCAUCUGUGCUUUCAGUGAGGGGCUGGAGCCCUGGAGACUGGGGCUGAACCUGUCCCGAACCAGCCCGGGACAGCCCGAGCUCCGCCGGCUUCUCGCCACCAUCCCCUGUCCCGACAUCUUCCAGCAAGAGGCAGGACUGUCCCGGGAGGCAGCAACUCGGUACCUGCGGUGCCUGUCCCAGGCUUUCGGUUGGUGCUUCAUAUUGCUAAUGACCUUCUUGGCUUUCCUGGUGAGAGCUAUGCGACCUUGCUUCACCCAAGUUGCUUUCCUCAAAACAAAAUAUUGGUCUCAUUACAUUGACAUCGAACGUAAACUGUUUGAGGAAACUUGCACUGAACAUGCCAAGAGCUUUGCCAAGGUCUGCAUCCAGCGGUUUUUUGAGGGGAUGCAGGAUGAGAUGGUCAUGGGUUAUAGCCGCUGCCAGCCACCACAGCUCCAUGACGUAGAGAUAGGCAAAGAGCAGGAGAAGCUCUUUGGUAUCACAGACAGCGACAAUAUGAAUAAAUUGUUGAGGAACUGGCACAAGUGUAAGCCGCCAUUGAACGUCAACAUGGGUGUGAAAGAGGAUGCUCAUCAGAAUGGCUGUGCUUAUGCAGUGUCCAAUAAAUGUACUCAAACGCACAGGGAGAAUAUUGCCUUCUACAGUAAGGUCUGA